CCCAGUUUUCUUGUAGUGCAGGUGUUCCCACUGUUUAAUAAUUCCUUUUUUUUGUGUGUGUGUAUUUAGGCAAAAAAAAAAAAAAAAGAUGGACGCUGUUUCAAUGAAAAGCUCUGAUCAGCGCACGCGUCGCUCGGCCAACUUUACACCAAGUCUAUGGAAAGAAUAUUUGCUCAGGCUGGAACGUCAAGUCUCCACUUAUGAUUUCAAGAAGGAGGAGUUUUGCGAACAAGAGCGGGAACAUGAACGGCUGAAAGAAGUUGUGAGGAUGAUGCUGACUGAACCUGGUGUUGGAUCUGGACCGCAGACGUUGGACUUGAUUGACAUUAUCGAACGUCUUGGAUUGUUUUACCAUUUUGAGUGUGAAAUCCAGGCAUUAAUGUUGACAUCCAAGUUGGAGCAUGGAGAUGAAUAUGAUGACCAUGACCUUCAUAAAGUUGCUCUUCGUUUUCGAUUACUUAGACAACUAGGCCACUACGUAUCUUGUGAUGUGUUUAACAAAUUCAAGGAUCAAGAAGGGAAUUUCAAGGAAUCUUUGGUUACCGACGUUCGAGGCUUGUUGGGUUUAUUUGAGGCAGCUCAUUAUAGGGUUCAUGAAGAGGAUAUUUUGGGGGAAGCACUGAAUUUUACUACUUCCCAACUCGUAUCCAUGUUGCCAAACCUUGACCACUUUUGGACUCCGCGAGUCAAGCAAGCUUUAGAGGUACCAAUUCAAAAAACUUUGAAUCGGAUAGGUGCAAGACGAUUUAUCUCUCUCUAUGAAGAAGACACAUCACACAAUGCAGUUUUGUUGAAAUUUGCCAAGUUGGACUUCAAUAUCCUACAGAGAUUACACCAAAAGGAGCUUCUGAACGAAGCAAAGUGGUGGAAUAGCUUAAAUGCUGCAGAGAAUUUUCCAUUUGCUAGGGAUAGAUUGGUAGAGUGCUCCUUUUGGACUUUGGGAGUGUAUUUCGAACCCAAAUACAGUGAAGCUAGACAAUCAUUGGCCAAAGUGAUUGCGAUGGUUUCGAUCGUUGAUGACAUAUACGAUUCAUAUGGAUUCCUUGACGAACUCCUCCUUUUCAUGGAUUCAAUAGAAAGGUGGCAUAUUAGUGCAUUGGAUCAAUUACCAUCAUAUAUGGGGCAAUGCUAUCGGGCUCUCUUAAAUGUUUAUAAUGAGAUAGAGGAAAGAUUGGCCAAGGAAGGCAAAUCAGACCUAAUCAAUUAUGCAAUAUCUAGUGUACGUACUUGUUACAUAUAACUUUUCUGAAUAGGCUAAAUAUAAGAUAGAGGAACAAAUCUUUACAACUAUAACGAUGAAACUAUAACGACGAGGUUUGGUGCUUUAUGGUUAGUUGCAGUAAACUAAUUGAAAGACUUUCGUUUUUGUGUACUCAGAAGAAAAAUUUAGCAAGAUCAUAUUUAGAAGAGGCAAAAUGGAUUUACAGAAAAGAAGUUCCGAAUUUUGAGGAGUACAUGAAGGUUGCUCUAGUUAGUGCUACAUAUGAACAUCUCUCAACUGCUUCUUUAGUGUGCAUGGGAGAGUUUGUGGCUGAAGAUGCCCUUAAGUGGAUUGUAAAAGUACCGUCCAUCGUAAGAGCCUCCUCAGUGAUUUGUCGGUUAAUGGACGAUAUGGCUGAUUACGAGGUAGCGAUUUAAAAUAUACUCUUUCCGUGCUACUCUAAUACUUGACCUUACUAUAUUACCGUCGUGGUUAUACUUGUAAAUGCAGUGGGGAAAAGAGAGGGGAGAAUUAGCAUCUGCGGUUGAAUGUUACAUGAAACAGUACAGCGCAUCUAAAGAAGAAACAUUUGCUGAGUUUGAGAAACGACUUGCAAACGCUUGGAAGGAUAUAAACGCAGAAUCCGUCAACCAGAAUUCAGCUGUGUCUAGAUUCAUCCUUGAGAGGGUCAUCAAUUAUUCAAGUAUAAUGUAUCUUCUGUUCCGAGGCAACGAUGGAUACACUAAUCCUUCCACCGAGACUAAACACAUGAUCAAAUCUGUGCUCUUUGAUCCAGUUCUCAUGUAAAAAAAAAAAAAAAAAAAACCCGAAGUGCACAUCUCCUUACGUACGGUCGGGUGCCUCUCUAAUGUGUUUGUCACCUUGUUGUGUGUGAAAUUUGUUCCCAAUGUGUCUUGCCUUUCUAAAUACUAUAUAUGAAGUUUGAAAUUCAUAAAUAUAAUGCGUGUGCUCUUCUCAGCUAGGUUCUAGACUUCUAGAGUGUGUGUCUGGGAAAAAUUGGCUAAUCUAUCCUAAGCUUUACAUGCGUUGUCAAUUUUAUCCUAUUCUUUUUCGAUUAGUU